AUGGAAGGCACGAACACCCUGCCACAGGAGCUGUGGGACCACAUACUGUCCUUCCUCACCACGCGUCACGACGUGGCUGUGGCGGCGUUGGUGUGCCGGGACUUCCACUCCAUCGUCCGUGCCAAUGCUCAACUCUCCGAGGUCUUGACCCUGCCCACCUUCGAAGAAGUCGAGGGUAGUGAAGUGCUCAUAGACGAAAUCGACCGACGUGCACGCUUCCCAGGUUCCCACACGCGCUAUCCCUCAGUGGACUCCAAGGUCUACGCCUGCGUGCGUGCCAACCCCAACGCCACGACUGCGGUGGUGCACUUUCUCAUCGACUGUGACCCCAUCACUACACAAAGCGACUACGCGGCAUACAACAAGACCCGCCAGGAGGCAGAAGGAGGCGGACAGAUGAAGAAAAAGUCGAAGAAGUGGUACUCGUUCCUUGGCCUGAGCAAAAAGGAAGAGAAGCCAGAGCAUGGACUAUCGGCGCGGCAGAGCGUCUCCUUCAUGGCAAGCUACUAUCACGAUGGGGACAUCCACGCCAACGGCAAUCACGCUCCCUUCAAUGCAAAGGAUACGGAGACGGCGCAAUUCACAAAAGGCGACAUCAUCACCGUACAAGUUGGCCUGCGUGAUCUCAAGACAGCGACGUCAAGUGCAUCGGGAUGGGCCGAGGUGAUCACUGUAACGGAAACGCAUUCCAAUCGCCGCAAUCACCACGACGUGCACCCCUACGUGAUCUUCUACAAGAACUUCAACAUGGUCUAUCAGCCCUUGGUGUUCCCGCAUGUGGCGGGGGCUUCGGCGUGGCCGCUGCGCAUUUGCGCGUUCUUUACAGCAAAGGAUGAAAGUGUGCAGAUCAUCGCACCGCCGCCUGAGAAGCUGCCCUUCUGUCCGCUCCUACCGACCGGGCGAUUCUCCCCCCUCUUGAUUCUUUCAAUUUUUCAGUUUUCGUCCAACCGGUUCGGUAACGGACCUUUUUCGCGCCAAAAUGAAGGGCGCCCAAACACAACGCCAACCUGA